AUGUCACUGCCCCUGUACGGCGUUUCCCGCUGUGAAUUCGAGGCUGCCCGCGGUCGACGCCGGAGAGGAGACGUCAUCCAUGAUGGACGACAGCUCUGCACAAAGGCAGAACGUGUCAUUCUUGCCAAUUGGCUGUCGACAAUGAGCGAUUUGCGCAGCAGUCGAACCAGAAGUCAAUCAACGCUAGCCAUUUGUGAGAUUCUACAAGUUCGCGAACGCGCGUUGCAAGACCAAACACGCCUCCAACCGGUUAUUGCAGACAGCAUUGCGCCUUUAUCGGCACCAGAACGGAAGCUUCUGCGGCAAAAAGAGGCGUACGAUCUAUCUCCAGCUGAGGCUGUCCGCCCCACAAUUAGUAAGCAGUGGUUUCGAGCCCUUGAGAAGGAGUUUGAUUUGAAGCUCACCAAGGCUAAGGCUCAGACCGAGGCCAGAGCCUUGGCUUUGACUCAGACAACCUGCGAGGCGUAUUUUACAUGCCUGGAGGAUGCUCUCUCCAGAUUAGAUUUUGUACAUCAGUCUGGGCGCCAUGUCGGAUGUAUCAAGGCAUCAUGCUUAUCGCGCAUUUGGGGUGUUGAUGAGAUGCCGGGCCUACGCACUGGACUUGGCACGACGCAGGUGUACACCUCAAUGGCUCGACGCGAGGAUGCCGGGGUUGUGCGAGGUCGAACACACAACGAGCCAGUCACCGCUGUUUUGGCAAUUUGCAUGGAUGGUGACAUGGCCCCACCCAUGAUGAUACAUGCGCGACGGGCCUUGAGUCCGCGAGCUAUUGGUCCUGCCCAACUUCCGUCUACAGUUGCAUCCGACGCGUCAUUUGACCACUUCAUGAUUUGCAGCACCCAUUCAGGCUAUAUCAAUCGGCGCCUUUUUGUUGCCUUUUGUCGGCGGCUCAGGGCAUACAUUGGCGAUCAAGAGCCAUUGUUGCUGCUUUCAGACGGCCAUACCACGCGCAUCGACGCUGAUGUUGUUGCAUACCUUCGUACCAUCAACAUUUUUCUCCUUGUCAUCCCACCCAACACCAGCCAUGCCCUUGCGCCAUCUGACCAAUGGCAUUGCUAUAUCCAUCAGAAGCGGCGAGACCUGUGUUUGCACACAACCGGGGUUGUGUAUGGGCAUGCCCCAACGUUGGACGAAGAAAUUCAGGCGCUCUACCGUGCCAUCAAUGUUCAACGCGAGUACCCAAGUCGGAUUCAAUCUGCAUUUCGUCAUGCUGGGUUGUCCAAAACCUCUCGAGGCACGGAACAUAUGUCAAACCAACCCAGGUUAUCGCGUGCGCACUCGCCAAACCCACGGCGCCGUGUCACCACUGAAGGAUCAACAACGCCCUCUCACAUACGCCACGCAAGCCGUGAGAUCGAUGAGGACAUGCCUCGAACGCCAACUCCUCCAAGUUCCGACUCGACACCCUUCAGCUCCAGCAUGUCUACCCCGCGGAAGAUUGCAAAAGCACGCAGCUUAAGCAAAAAAAAACCUCUGCGGUUUUUUUUAAGCAAAGCUUGCGAGCGACUUCAAGGCGUUGUUAGUCAGCUUCAACACGCGUUGGACAGCAGUCGUGUUGCAUUGACCAACUUGCAAGUUGAUCUGAGCCCGAGGCUUCAAAUACCAACUCCUCGCCGAGGCUCUCGGCGGUCCCAGGUUUGGGGUGGCCUGUCUUGGGGUGACAGCGCACUUCGCCUCGAGCAGCAACAACAAGCCAGGAGGCAUCAGGUUCGACGCAACCAGCGUCAUGCAAGCGAGGCAGAUCUAUGCGGAGCUUUAGGGGUGCACAGGAUCACAAUAUCGGCCCUCAAAGCCGCGUGUCGUGAUCGUCGUUUAUCCUCAACCGGGAGUCGCGCAGACCUCAUCAGCCGUGUUCGAGGCUCAUUGGGUCUCCAAUCACCUGACACUGCGUUUUCACAUGCAGAACAAGUGCAAGGCUUCACCGAGCAAGAUCCUGUACGUGAUACAGCUGCGUCAUCGGCUUCCAUACCCCCAACGAUGGCCAGCACCCCUCUGACAUCCUCUGAUACGGGGGUGUCGCAAGAAACCGAGGAUCCUGUCUUAGCUGACACAAAUACAGCAUCCACAAUGCAUUUAUCAGUGAACCCAGAUGAAUGCGGAUCGAAUGAAUACCAUCUUGCUCACAACGCCCCUGCUGACUUUGCGUUCUGGCUUCGACCCAUCCCUGCAAACACGUUACUAUCAUCACGUGAAGAGCAAGACCACAACCCGUCAACGCUUGCAGCAAUGGAGAUGGUCCAGCCGGAUCCUCUUGAGAUGCAACAAAUUAUUGAACGUCUUGACGACGGCUGCCGCCGUCAUCGAGAUCAUAUGGCUGCGUUGAAGCGCCCCCACACCUAA